GAAGAGAUCCCUGGAGAUGAGUGUCUGCUGCGCCUCACGGGAGCCGGGCCGGGGCCGUGGCGCUGCCGGCAGGAGACGCGGCCUUUGUGUCUCAGAGAAGACGCAGACGUGGCGGGUCGAGGAAGCUGCGGGGCAGAAAGAACGGACUUCUUUCAAGGCCUCUCGGCAAAGCAGCUGUGCAGCCAGAGCCAGAACCCGAGAACUCCGGUUCCUCGUCCGCAGCGUCCCGUCGAGUCAGGAACUGCCAGGAACUGCCAGGAACUGGGAGACAGUCUUUGCUGACGUGGCAGAGCUGGACAGGGGCUCGCCAGGCACCCAGCCUGUCCUGGGUGGAAAGAAGGAGAUCCAAGUCCAGGGACGUGCAGAGGGCGAUCCAUCCGAGAUGGCUGUGCCCACGGCUGGAAGUCAGCAGGAGAAGAACACUGCUGUCCCUCAGCUAAUAAAACACCUGGAUGUACGGUACUUCAGACCACUUGCCUUGUGUGCUGAAGAAGAGGUCACGCUGGAGCGAGCCAAGAGUACCCUGAAGGCAUGGACUGAAGACAGCCUGGUGUCCCAGGGUCAUUGGUACGCAGAAGGAGGACCCGGCGUCCCGGCCUCCUCUCUGGAUGGGGAAGGCGGCCACAGUCUCACCAUGAGCUGGGAGUCCCCGCAGCCCAAGGAAACAUUUGUCUUAAGGAAAGGGUUUCAGAAAUAAGCAGAGAAAGAAGUGGGUGAGGAAAACCCUUGGUCCCAGGCUGCUGACUAGAUGAGCAAACAUCCCUGGAAACCCUCAUCUUACCAAGAGCUCAGGCCGCUCCCCAAACCUGGGCCUGCGGAGCCUGCUGGAGCACGUGCUUUUGUCACCAUCCUCUCUGGACCGCUGGGAGCGCACGGCCCUGCUCUCCGAGCACGGAGGCCACAGAUAUCACUGCAAUCCCCACCCCUCCAUCGCCCCUUUCAGCGGUCCAGACAAACUCUUGCCUGCUAAAUAAACACCACCUGCCACUCGCAAGCCCACAUCUGUGCAGGGCACACCCCUGUCCACGCGGACAACUUGUUUCAAACACCAGAGUAACAGCUUCGAUCUCACCCAAACAGACCGCUGUGAAGGCGGCUUUCCGAGUCCUCGCCCACAGGCAGGACACACAAAGCUGUCUGGAACAGAUCUGGUACUAAUUACCUGGUGCUCUGCGCUGGAACAAGUGGUUAAUCCCCAGGAGGUUUACACUGGCAACUCACCAGCCUGCCCCAGGGUGGAUACGGAACCAAUCUUGGCUCCAGGGACUGUCCCACAUCGUGUGUUGUGCACAUGUGCCCAGCCCAGGGACGGACUCCGCCACCCAGCAGAUGGGACCCUUCUGACGGGUCCCACCACGAGAACGUGUAACCGGAGCACAUCGUCUAGUUCCCGCCUUCUCAUGAAGCCCAUCGCUGUUCUCAUCCUCAGACCGAACUCCUUCCGCCUUUGCUCCUUCACCUGCUCUUGCCCUCUUGCAAGUCACGGUCUGGAGGCCCCUUCUGGGGCCCAGAGCCAGCAGGUGCCUGUAUCCCCACAGGCCGCCGUGGGGACCCACAGCGAACCCUGAUGUCUGAGAGCCCUCAGUUCACCCUGACGGCAGCUGUCAGGUGCUGGCCUGCUGUGUUUGGGCAAAUAGUUGCAGCAGCAAACGUGGUGGGGAAGACAGCACACACCUGGAAGAGCAAGGAGACGCCUCUGCCGGCCUUUUCUUCCAGGUUAGGGCUGCGUCUUUGAAGAGUUCUCCGGGUAGUGUCUUGGAAAUGGCUUAAGCUACUAGAGAGAAGGUGUGACAUAAAGACUUUUAAAUCUGUGACCAGAGGAUUUUCAGAAAGCAAAUGGACAAGAAUGUUGUCUUUUUCCCAUGGUAAUUGUAUUCCUUACAAAUUUGCGUCUGGGGCAGGAAGAAGCUGAGAGUCUUUCCUGCAGGCAGACUUUUUUUUUUCUCUCCCCGAUCCCAGUGACAGAACGAGUAGGUGAAGGUGGAGGGCUUCAAGAGCAGACAGGGUGUACUGGGUGCUUUUGUGACUGGAUGAUUUUAAAAACCACUUUCAAAUCAGGGCCAAUUUUCUUUAUAAAACUUAGCUCUAUAGCCUUAUGGUCUACAUACUUAAGCCUGCAAAGGGUACUAUUACAAAACUGUCGGUUUCGGCAGAGGAAAUAUGAAAACAAGUUUCUUUCAUUUGAUAUUUGCUGUAAAAUAAAGAUAAAAGGUCCUAAAAAUGAAAGUCUGCCUCCCCUCUUUCCAUCUUUUGUCCCCAGCAAAUUCUUCUUCCGUUCAGCUUAUUCACGUAUUUUACCUCAUAAAACCAAUAAGCAUAGGCUUCUUUAAUUAGGUGAGCAUCAGCAUUUAUUCCACACUCUUUGCACCAGGUACACAGGAGGGUUGAGGCAAAGGGGUAUAAUGAGAGAAGAGCAGACAGAACUCUCCCUGCCCUUCAACAGUUCCCUCUUGCUGAAGGCCCCACGCGGAAGCCCACUGAUCUGAGAGGCAGGCAGUAACUCGCAGGAAGGGGAGUCCGGGCUGCACAGACAGACAAAGCUUUGAGGAGAAGGUGGAAAUGGAACUGGCUCUGAGAGCAGGUGCCUGCCUGUGUCCAGCUGGAGGGAGGGAGGUGGCCUACCUCCAGGGAAGAGCAUGUGCCAAAGGACAGAGGCCGGAAGCAGCAGAACACAAACCCCCGGAUUUCUGUAAAAACAGUCUCCUCAAUACAUUCUGCCGCCAAGUGGAAGUCCUACUGCAAACAAGCCCAUGUCUCCUGCAGAUGCAUGAAGCCUCAACGAAAGGUGCCCUCACUAUUCUUGAAAGAAGCUGGCUUGCCGUCACUUUGUUGAAUUUGGACUCCUUGUAUUUGUAAAGGUUAUAAACUCUAGGAAAAAAGUCUUUAAUAAGGUCUCUCCUCCCUAAUGGCGCACUACGAGAUGCAGACAUGUUGCUAAGUCCUGGCUAACCUUCAGACAGCCACGGGGCAGAGCGGUCCUUCAGCGGAGCCCCGGGCCGCCCAGCAGCGCGGGGAGGGUGCGGCUCCUGUGGCCACGCUGGUGCCUUCACCCCUGCAGCCUCCGACCUCUGCGUUCACCUGUGUCUUCACCCUGGCUGAUUAAUAAUCCAAGUGGCCACCCCUCCACCGCUCAUACGAAUCGGGUGCAGCGGUCACAGGGAACACGUGGGGAAGGGAAAGAAGUCAAAGUACGGAUUAUUGACGUUGAAGCCACAGACUUACCUUCCUAACCUUUACGGCACUUAAACGCUAAAAUGAGCUUGUGUUUCCUAAGCAAACGCUGACGUGACAAAGAGGUCUGUUUGGGGUUAAAAUGAGUAAAUAAUGUCACUUAAGAAAUGCCUUCUAAGUUUGGGUCUUGAUUCUAUCACUUUUCUGUUUUGACUUUUUUCCUCCCAGCUCUCUACGUCCUGGAAGCAGCGUGCGAGGGACUCACAGACGUGCCCGCGGGUAAGGUCUCAACAGCUGAGGUGUGUGUCCCAUCGGUGACAUCAAAGCCAGCAGUUCUCACUAUUGAGUUACAUGCUUGU